AUGAAAAUGUAUUAUGUUUUGUAUUGUAAAUUUUGUUUCUCAUUCUCAAAAAUAUAAUACAUAUGAAUUGAAUUGAAAUACGAAACAGUUAAAAUUGUCAGGAUAGGUGUACGAAUUUUAAAACGAUGGCUGCGUCCACGGUACUACGAGUAAAGCGCAGGCUUGAAGAUAAUCCGCAAGAUGCUCUUGUGCUCGUAUGUAAACGUAGGAAAACUGACUCUGAUGAAGUUUCUCCAUCACUCUUCGUAUUUAGAGGCAGUGUGGAAACUCAGGAACCUACACAUGUAAAAAACAUAGCCCCACUAGCCAACAUCACACCAAAACAAGUCACCAAUGUAAAUGAUAUAAUUCAGAAAAUGCGUAAACAAAGGAAAGAGUUCUCAACAGAAAGUCGUUAUGAAAUCGUCAAUCUGAGCCGAGGUUUGAAAGAGGAAUCAGAUUUUGAUUUGGUGGAUUUACAAAAAAAAGAGGAUGAGAAAACGGAUGUGGAGUAUAUUUAUGAUCUGUACACGCCGGCCAAAGAAGACUUUGAUAUAUCUAUGUUGGAUAAUCUAGUGAGUAUAGAAAACUAUGAAACAGACCUAAUAUUCGGGUCAUACAGAGACAAUGGUCUACAGUCCUCAGAGGAAGAUAGUGAGGACUCCAAUGCAGAGAAUGAUUGGAGGAAUGAGUACCCUGACUCUGACCCCAGCAGCAUCGAUGAGGAGGACAUGAUCAAGGCUGUUGAGAAGUGUAACAUAGAAGACGACCUUUCAAGUGACGCAGGCGAAGACAAAAUCUAUGAUGAGCCGGCAGAUUUGUACCAUGAAGAUGUCAAACGGUACGGCGAAGCAUACGCCAAGUACAAAGCGAGAGUACUGUCAGAACAACCUGAUUUAGCUGAACCAAAACUUUCUGACAGAAGAAUUUCUCACGAGAAAUUUUCUGAAGAGAAUUUAGCAGAUAGCAGAAAUUUCGUGCAUUGCACUAAGAUGGAUGACGAUGGAUACAAAGGCGAUAGUGAUGACGGUUUCUAUUACGGGCAAGACGAGGACUCUGAACAGUUUAAGGAACAAUACGCUGAUGUCAGUGACACUUCUGAUGUUUAUGAACCAGAUUGAGUUUCAUGAAAAUCUGAUUAGUUUUUUUUAUAAGAAGAUUAUGUAAGUUUGUUUGAAUUAUAUUUUUAUACAAUA